UCGUGAAGAAACCUGCAUACCAAAGAAUUUUCUUAAUUUACUGCGUGCGUGAAGUCUGCCAAAGUCUGCCAAUCUGCAUUGGGCCAGCGUGAUGGACUAUUGGACCUCUAUAACCCCUCUCAUUCUGAGAGGAGACUCGAGCUCAACAGUGAGCCGAAUAUGGGUUGAUAAUGAUACGAGUAAUUGUUUAUUCUUAAGUUAUCAACAAACCAAGGUAAAGGAGCAACCAAGUAACCCAUUUUAGAUGGUGAAGUUAUGGAGUCUCUUGGUGCUGAUCAGCACCGCAGCAUGCCAGCAUGUCGCUCAGCCGGAAGUGCCCGAGCCCCCGGUGCUGGACCCCGACGAGUGGUGGGGUCCGGAGGACACGCGGUACACAUGCAAUACAACGAUCAGACCAUUCACUGUUAAAUUCCUGCCAGAGAUGAUUAACGAUCUCAAAUCACGUCUUAGAAAUCACCGCGCCCUAGUUCCACCACUCCGAGGGGUCGGCUUCCAGUACGGCUUCAACCAGCAACAGAUAGACCCCUGGGUGCAGUACUGGACGGAGCAGUACGACUUUAAGCAGAGAGAGAAGUUUCUGAACAAGUUCCCACAGUACAAAACGAACAUUCAGGGUCUCGAUAUACACUUUAUCUGGGUGAAAUGUGGAAGGAUGCCUGCCGGUGUCACCUGCGUGCCACUGCUCCUCAUGCACAGCUGGCCUGGCUCGGUGCGCGAGUUUUACGAAGCUAUACCUCAUCUGACUACGCCGAGAGACGGUAUAGUCUUCGAAGUUAUAGCUCCGAGCAUGCCGGGAUUUGGCUUCUCAGAUGGAGCAGUUCGUCCUGGGCUGGGAUCAGCACAAAUAGGAGUGAUCUUCAAAAACCUGAUGAACAGACUCGGAUACAGGAAGUUUUACAUCCAGGGCGGCAACUGGGGUGCUGUCAUCGGCAACGCAAUGGCCACGAUGUUCCAGAAGGAAAUGCUGGGUCUUCAUUCCAACAUGCUUAUAUUAUUAGAGAACAACUGCGUAGAGCUACAAACCUUAAUAUCCGGCGUGAUGGCAGCCAUGCAGCUAAAGUCCCAUGAGUUCGACCAGAUGUCGGCGUUAAUUGUAGAGGAGACUGGUUAUAUUCAUUUAUUUGCUACUAAGCCCGAUACUGUAGGUAUCGGCCUCUCUGAUAGCCCAGUUGGUCUGAUGGCAUUCAUACUGGAGAAGUUUUCGACGUGGACGCAUAUAGAGGACCGCUCACUGAAGGAUGGCGGACUCUCGCUCCACUUCACCAGAGACCAACUGAUCGAUAAUCUCAUGAUUUACUGGAUCACCAACUGCAUAUCCACUUCAUUCAGAUUGUAUGCUGAAGCUUUCAGCAAUGCGUACCGAGCCUUAAGAAUUGAUGAUUUCCCUACAGUAGUACCGAUCUGGAAGCUAGAAGCGAUAAAUGAGGAGCUCUUCGUCCAGCCAGUGAACAAGAAGAAGUAUCCAAACCUGCUGAAAAUAACAAAAACUGCAUUUGGUGGUCACUUCUUUGCCUUCGAGAUGCCCAAAUUCUUCGCUCGAGAUGUCUUCAAGGCCGUCAUAGCUUUCAGGAAAUUCCAUGAAGAUAAUAAAAUUUGUAAAUUUUAAUUCUGUAUCAAUGUGGUAGUUUAUG